AUGGAAUUUCAAAAAUAAGUAACUCUCAUCAUAAAAUCAGAAAAUCAUUUCAUCUAUCAAUCUUAAGCUUUAGAUCUCUAUUCAAUCAAAUAUUCCCCAAAUUUUGAUACUAAUGACUUUUUUGCAGCUGCUCGCCUACUUAUUUAAAACUAAUAAUAACGUCAUGAAGAUUUAACAAUAGAAAAUUAUGCAGAUCUUUUACUCACUAAAGAAUUCAAAGAAAUUUUGGGUAUUAUAAAUAAAGGAAUAAUAAUAAAAUCAAAUUCAUAAGAAAAAGUGAUUUUAAUAAAUUAUAAUGCUAGCUUUGGAUUUAAGUCAGAAAUCCUCCCUGAUAUUUUUAAAUAAUACAUUCCUAAAGAUAUAAAAAAACGAUAUGCAUUAUUAAUUACAGAACCAUUUUAUUAUACUAAAUUUGUUAAUAUCAUGGAGGCAAUGCAUUUGGGAAUUUAUAAAGAAGAAGAUGAAAAUUGGGAAGUAUAUUUGGUAUGGCUAAUUUAUCAAUAUUAAGGUUAUGGAACAUAAAUUUCCAGAUUUAUAAGGGUUGGAUGGCAUAGUUAUUACAGGAUCUAGUAGUGCAGCCUAUGAUUUAAGUGAAGAUUGGAAGGAACCACUAUUUGAAUUUUUAAGAGAAGCUGAUAAACUUAAAAUAAGAAUAUUAGGGAUAUGUUUUGGACAUUAAGUUUUGGCUCAUUGUUUAGGUGGAGAAGCCUAAAAGAUGACUCAUGUAGAUAGGAUGUAAGUAGGUAGGAAAGCCAUAUCGACUUAAUUUAAAUGGAAAGAUUAUGUAAUAGAAAAUCUAAAUGUGUAUUAAAUCCAUGGAGAUUUUGUAGCAAAAUUACCUAAAGAUACAGAAGUUAUCAUGAGCACAGAUCAUUGUUAAAAUUAUGCAUAUAAAAAUGAUCACAUUUUGGGUGUUCAAUUUCACCCUGAAUUUAAUGCUUUAAUCUUGUUAUAUAUAUUUAGAAAUUCUACAAAUCCUUUGAGAGAAAUCUAUGCAAAAGAUUGUUAUGAGAGUUUUAAAUAAGGAUAUGAUCAUUAAUAAAUAAUUUGGGAAUUUAUGAUUUAAUUCUUAAAAAAUAAAUGA